UAGAUUGAGUUAUGACCACACUUAUUACUUCUUAUUCUUUUGACUAUGCACACGACGUGUUUUACUUCUAGUCUUAUUUGUUAUCUUUAAACACCCCUUCCAAAAUCUAGCAACUUCCACACACACAUCAUUUACGGUUAUGGCUUCAAUUUCGUCCUUUUCCGUUCCUUCUCUCCCAAAAUCUCAAUCUCAGGAUCCCGAUUCUUCUUGCUCCGGUAAAAGAAACGAUAGGAAUAGUAGUUGUUGUUUCCCGCCAUCGUUUGAACGGAGGAAGAUGAUUCUCUCUUCUGCUGCUGUUAUUGCUGGAGGAUUUUGUAAUGGCGGAGUUUCUCUUGCGUCUGAAUUUGCUGACAUGCCUGCGCUUAGAGGGAAGGAUUAUGGUAAAUCAAAAAUGCGAUACCCAGACUAUGUAGAAACUGAAUCUGGACUACAAUAUAAGGACUUGCGACCAGGGAAUGGCCCCAAACCGAAGAAAGGAGAGAUAGUAGUGGUAGAUUGGGAUGGCUACACCAUAGGUUAUUAUGGUCGCAUAUUUGAAGCCCGGAACAAAACGAAAGGUGGUUCCUUUGAGGGCGAUGACAAGGCCUUUUUCAAAUUCAGAAUAGGAUCUCAAGAGGUAAUACCAGCUUUUGAAGAGGCUGUUUCAGGCAUGUCUCUUGGGGGCGUUCGAAGGAUAAUUGUGCCCCCAGAACUUGGAUAUCCUGAGAGUGAUUAUAAUAAAGGUGGCCCAAGACCUACGACAUUCUCGGGCCAACGAGCUUUGGAUUUUGUGCUAAAGAAUCAAGGGAUGAUAGACAAGACUCUCUUGUUUGAUAUUGAGCUAAUGAAGAUUAUUCCAAACUGAUUCGUCAAAUUCUGCAUUGACCCUUUUGAAUACCAUCACCAAAACAUCGAGAUCACGAUCAUCAUCUCUUCAUUACAGUUUGAAACUGUGGAGGAGUAUAACAUUCGUGCUGUAAUGCAAGAGAGCGCAGAAAAGAAUCACAUGCCACUGCAAUGUAACAACCGUUGUGGCUUACUACUUCCCGUUUCAAAUCUAAAAUCUGAUUAUUUUUUUUUUUUAUGUAUUUGAUUCAAAUUAAUAUCAAAUGUAUAGAUUUAUUUACUUAUAUUUGAAACUGGAAGAGUAUAACAUUUGUGCUGUAAUACAGAUAGAGCUUUGCUUUCUCAACUUUGUUUCAAUGUUAGAUCAGUUUCCACUGUUUA